AUGAGAACCACCACCACCACCACCACCAUCAUCGACGACGACGACAAUAACAACAACAACCUCAUCACUACCGCCAUCACCGUCACCGUCACCACCGUCAGUCACCAUCGACGACGACAACAACAACUACGUUACGACCUGGGUGAUCACCCAUAUCGAUUUGGACCCGCAGCAUCGGAGAGCCUUGCUGCUGCGAAGUGCAUCCCACUGUGGUUGCAAAACUACUCAGCAACGAGGCCAUUGCUGUGCCAGAGUGGUGCACUGGGCUGGGCUGGGCUCACGCUCGUCUCCUUGCCCCCCAGGCGGUCCUUGAUAACGCCGACAUUGCCAGAGGCGCUGACUACUGGCCCGGGCUCAGGCUUGGGCCAAUUCUGUGGUCAAGCGCCUCUGUAG